UCAAACGUGCAGAGCUUCGAAAUCAAAUCAGAACUCCGAUCGAACACGACAAUGGCCGUCGAAUUGGGUGGCGGCGUUACGCUAUCGGAGAUGUACCAGAGCGCCAAGAAACUCCUUAUCAGGACGAGAGAUGGCCUUGAACGCCUCGAACGUCUUGAGUACUCUUCCACUUCCACCGCCAUCGAUUCCCCCGAACUGUCUUUCUCCGUCAAGAAAGACAUCGCUCAGAUCCAGUCCCUCUGCGUCGAUAUGGACCGUCUAUGGCGCUCCGUGGCUGCCAAGUCCCAGCGCGAUCUCUGGAAAAGAAAGGUUGAACAAGUAGCGGAGGAGGCUGAGUCUUUAAAACAAAGUUUGGACAAGUAUUUUCUAAGAACUCAGAAGAGGGCAAACGAAGCUAGAGAGAGGGCAGAGUUGAUUGGAAGAGCUAAUGGUGAUUCUUCUCAUAUUUUGAGAAUUUUCGAUGAGGAAGCACAAGCAAUGCAGUCAGUUCGAAAUUCUUCUCGCAUGCUUGAAGAAGCUAGUGCCACUGGAGAGGCCAUUCUUUUCAAAUAUUCAGAGCAAAGAGAACGCCUCAAGGUAUUGAUUUUUGGCUCAGAGGGCACAAAGGAAAGCACUGGAUGUUCUUAACACAGUGGGGCUGUCCAACACCGUGUUGAAGCUGAUUGAGAGGCGGCAGCGGGUCGAUAGAUCGAUCAAGUAUGCUGGCAUGCUAUUCACUGUUAUCGUUGUGUUCUUCUUUUGGAGGUGGACACGGUGAUAUCAUAGCAGCUGAGCUGAGAGAGAGAAAGGAAUAUGAAUUUUGGUGAGGUUGGUCGUGUACAUCCUUUCUUACUAAUAGAUAGGUUCUAUGCAAUCUGCAUAGGUGAAUUUUUCUAUAAAUGUAGAAACAUUAUGGUCCCCAAAAUUGACGCAAAAAUUUAGACAUUGUUGACCAUGUUUGGCUAUUAGAAUCUGAAUGAUAUAUACUGAAUUUGUAAUGACUUCUUUGAAUAAUGGAUAUAGAUUACCUUAA